GUCUCAGCCCGCGCGCGCACUGUUGCAGGUUGCAGCGGAGAGCGAGCAGUGCAGCGCCAUGGCGGCAGCGGCGGCGGCCAACGGCGGCGAGGGCGGCUGCUUCGACGUGGUCGUGGUGGGGGCCGGCAUCAUGGGCAGCUGCGCGGCGUACGCGGCGUCGUCCCGCGGCGUGCGCGUGCUGCUCCUGGAGCGGUUCGACCUGCUGCACCACCGCGGCUCGUCGCACGGCGAGUCCCGCACCAUCCGCGCCACCUACCCGCAGGCGCACUACCCGCCCAUGGUCCGCCUCGCCGCGCGCCUCUGGGACGACGCCCAGCGCGACGCCGGCUACCGCGUGCUCACGCCCACGCCGCACCUCGACCUCGGCCCCCGCGGCGACCCGGCCCUCCGCGCCUCCAUCGAGAACGGCGGCGCCGUCGAGGUUGUCACCUCCCCGUCGGAGCGGCCGUGGCCGUGGUCCGGGGUGUUCAGGCUGCCCGAGGGGUGGACGGCGGCCACGAGCGACCUCGGGGGCGUGAUGAAGGCGACCAAGGCGGUGGCCAUGUUCCAGUCGCUCGCCGCCAAGAACGGCGCCGUCCUGAGGGACAGGACGGAGGUGGUCGACGUCGCCAAGCAAGGAGAAGGAUCAGUCGUGGUGAAGACAUCGAGCGGCGAGGAGUUCCGUGGCGCCAAGUGCAUCAUCACGGUGGGCGCCUGGGCCAGCAAGCUGCUCAGGUCGGUCGCCGGCGUCGACCUGCCGGUGCAGCCGCUGCACACCCUCAUCUGCUACUGGAAGGUGAGGCCCGGCCACGAGCACGAGCUCACCACGGAGGCCGGCUUCCCGACGUUCGCCAGCUACGGCGACCCCUACAUCUACAGCACGCCGUCGAUGGAGUUCCCGAGCCUGAUCAAGGUGGCAGCCCACGGCGGGCCGCCGUGCGACCCGGACAGCCGGGACUGGUGCUGCGGCGGCGGCGACCUGGUCGAGCCGGUGGCGCGGUGGAUCGACGAGGUCAUGCCCGGCCACGUCGACACCGCCGGCGGGCCGGUCAUCCGGCAGUCGUGCAUGUACUCCAUGACCCCCGACGAGGACUACAUCAUCGACUUCGUCGGCGGGGGGUUCGGGAAGGACGUGGUCGUCGGCGCCGGGUUCUCCGGCCAUGGCUUCAAGAUGGGGCCGGCCGUCGGGAGGAUCCUCGCAGAGAUGGCCAUGGACGGCGAGGCCAGAACGGCGGCGGAGGCCGGAGUGGAGCUCCACCAUUUCAAGAUUGGGCGUUUCGAGGGCAACCCGAAGGGAAACCUCACUACAUGAUCACCUGCCAUGUACACGGUAUCGGUUUGUUCGCCAUAAAUCUAUCGAACAUUGUAUUUCAUAUAACUUGCAUAUUUUGGUAGAUUGCAAUUUGCAUCUUCUCUGCACAUGUAUCAGAAAUUCAUGAGCUAGCUAGGUGUUUGCAUUCAGAUGAACAUUCCUGUAUUCAGAAUAAAGUUGUUUUCCAUUGCUUUUGAUCUCUUCCUAAACAUUAUGUGUUCCUAUUCUGUUAUUUUUCCUCUUUUAUUUUUGCUAUGGAGAGACCGAGAGAAUCACACUGGUGAUGUUCAUGUCCCCUAGCCCUAUGUAGCUAUUAUGUCUUUGAUUAUGUCUAACAAGUGAAAAUUGUCAC